CCCCCCCCCCCCCCGCACGCUGUUGUCUUUCUUUUCCCAGUUGCAAGGCCUGCUGUCCACAUCUCUUUCCUGAGCAUGGUGCCAACAAAGCCUAACACGCUUGAUCUGGGCCUGGGAUCAUGGAGCCCUAGCACCCAGGAGGAGAGCGACAGAGCUCAGGAACCCUCCAUGCAUGUUAGGAAGAAGCUGCCGGAGUACAAGGCAGUGGUGGUGGGUGCGAGCGGCGUGGGCAAGAGUGCGCUGACCAUCCAGCUGAACCAUGAUUGCUUCGUGGAAGACCAUGAUCCCACAAUCCAGGAUUCCUACUGGAAGGAGGUGGCCCUGGGCAACGAGGGCUGCAUUCUGAAUGUGCUGGACACGGCAGGGCCAGGUGCUCAUAAGGCCCUGCGUGACCAGUGCUUGGCUGCUGGGGAUGGUGUGCUGUGUGUCUUCUCCCUCGACGACCCCUCCUCUCUAACCCAGCUGCAGCAGAUGCGGGCUACCUGGGGCCCUCACUACACCCGGCCCCUUGUCCUGGUGGGCAACAAGUGCGACCUUGUGGCUGGUGCGGGAGAUAUUCAUGCUGCUGCAAUAGACCUCGCGAAGAGCUGGGGGGCCCCCUUCGUGGAGACCUCAGCAAAGACACGGCAAGGUGUAGUGGAGGCCUUUUCCCUGCUCAUCCUUGAAAUACAAAGGGCCCAGGAGGCAGAGGAGGCCGCGGCAAAAAAGGCCCGGCACCGUAAGGCCAUGUGCCGUUGUGGCUGUACCGUGGCCUGAAAGUCUUGGUCAAGAAAAGUGGGCCCACCCCGAGGUCUGGGUGAUGGUUCCUUCGAAUGAGACCCCUAAGCAACUAGCUAUGUGGGACACUGGGUGUACUAGAGAUAGAUGGACCCCUCUUCUGGGAGGUUUUUGUUUGGUGAUGGGCUUUUUGAUAAUGUGAGGCAUACUACUUACUGUUGAUUAUGUUCUGUCAAGU